GCAAAGUUUGUAAAUAUGUCAAACUUGUCAUAAAGCUGUCAUUUACGUGGCCGUAAAUUUUUUUCUGGUUUUUAUGUAAAUACGUAAAGUUUUAAGCGUAUGCUCGAUUCUAUAAACAAAUUGAAGAAAAUUGAAACAACAUGGGUCUUUGCAAGUGUCCAAAACGAAGAGUAACGAACCAAUUUUGUUUUGAACAUAGAGUUUGUGUUUGUGAGAACUGUAUGGUAACAAAUCACCCAAUUUGUAUAGUCCAAUCUUAUUUGCAAUGGCUGCAAGAUAGUGAUUACAAUUCAAUUUGUGAACUUUGUAGCAAAGAUCUUAAUGUAGAGGACAGUAUCAGACUAACUUGUUAUCAUGUGUUUCACUGGUCCUGCUUGGACCACUUUUCAAGACAAAUACCAGCUACGACAGCCCCAAGGGGUUACACAUGUCCUUCAUGUAAAAACCCCCUUUUCCCACCUACAAAUUUAAUAAGCCCUGUUGCGGAUGUUCUCAAAGAAAAAUUGGCUGGUGUGAACUGGGCUAGGGCAGGCCUAGGAUUACCAUUGCUUUCUGAAGAAAGGGAGGUUAAAGCCAUAGCAAACCAUGCUUCAAAUUCAGCACUGCCGAGUCCUCGAAUGACACCCAGUCCACCUCAUUCAGUGGUAAAUGUUGAUGAUCAGGGGCGAACAUUUAACCGGGCGUCAAUUACAGAUGGAACCUACCAAGGUUCAUCUAAUAGGAGAGUUUUUCAAGAUAUAAGAGACAUUAAACAAGUUAUUGUUGAUCAUGACGAUGACAAAUACAAAAGGAGACCUGUUUCUGAGCUAAUAGGCACUUGGUGGAAAAUUACAUUUGGAUCAUCUCUUAAAUCAAGAGGGGGUCGGUCAAUAUACAGGAGGUACUGUAUGUUAGGGACAUUAAUAAUUUUAGGUAUUGUAUUUUUCUUUUACACUAUGUCAAAACUGGGCAGAUAUUCAACUGAAAAUGAUCCAAACUUUGAUGAAAACAGCAAUCCAUUUGUUAGAAAUUUGUAGUUUGUAUUUAUUUAUUUUAUUUUAUUGUAAGCCUAAAUAUUCCUCCAUA